UCGUUCUGGCGAUAAACAACCUCUUCCUUCCCUCGCGUACAAUUUUCUCCUUAAUUGUUUCCGAGAAAAGUUUGCAAACAAAUUCGAAAGGCGGUUCAUUUCGCGGCGAUGCCGAAACUUUCGCGUGCCGGCUUUCGAGCACGUUGUGUAGAGUGCGGUUAACAUUCGCGAGCGCGCUACCACUGCGUCGAUGGUUCUGACAAAUUCGCAGUGGCCACGUUUAAAAAAAAAAUAAUAAAUGGAUUCGACUCAACAUUAUCCUUACUUGAACGUAGAUUCUAGUAAAACAUUUGAUGAUGCGGUGGAGGAACGUGUUAUUAACGAGGAAUACAAAAUAUGGAAGAAAAAUACUCCAUUUUUGUAUGACCUUGUUAUGACACAUGCCUUGGAAUGGCCUUCUUUGACUGCUCAAUGGCUACCGGAUGUUACAAGACCUGAAGGAAAAGAUUACUCUGUACACCGACUGAUCUUAGGAACACAUACUUCAGAUGAGCAGAAUCAUUUGCUUAUUGCCAGUGUACAAUUACCCAAUGAAGAUGCGCAGUUUGAUGCAUCUCAUUAUGAUAAUGAAAAGGGCGAGUUUGGAGGAUUUGGUUCUGUUAGUGGAAAAAUUGAGAUAGAAAUCAAGAUAAAUCACGAGGGCGAGGUCAACAGGGCACGUUACAUGCCACAGAAUCCAUGUGUCAUUGCUACUAAGACUCCAUCCAGUGACGUGCUUGUCUUUGACUAUACCAAACAUCCCAGUAAACCAGACCCGAAUGGAGAAUGUCAUCCAGACUUGAGGCUACGUGGUCAUCAAAAAGAGGGCUAUGGUCUCUCAUGGAAUCCUAAUCUUAAUGGAUAUUUGCUGAGCGCGUCCGACGAUCACACUAUCUGUUUAUGGGAUAUUAAUGCCACUCCAAAGGAGAAUCGCGUCAUCGAUGCUAAAACCAUCUUCACAGGACAUACUGCUGUGGUUGAAGAUGUUGCCUGGCAUUUACUACAUGAAUCAUUGUUCGGAUCAGUAGCUGAUGAUCAAAAGCUCAUGAUUUGGGAUACUAGAUGCAACAACACCAGUAAACCGAGCCAUACAGUCGACGCUCAUACCGCAGAAGUGAACUGCCUCAGCUUUAAUCCGUAUUCCGAAUUCAUACUUGCUACUGGCAGUGCGGACAAGACGGUAGCUCUCUGGGAUUUGCGCAAUCUCAAACUCAAGCUUCAUUCGUUCGAGUCGCAUAAGGACGAAAUUUUCCAAGUCCAAUGGUCGCCGCACAAUGAGACGAUACUGGCGAGUAGUGGCACAGAUAGGCGACUUCAUGUCUGGGAUCUUAGUAAAAUCGGGGAAGAGCAGUCUACUGAAGAUGCAGAGGAUGGCCCGCCCGAACUUUUGUUCAUACACGGCGGUCAUACCGCUAAAAUCAGUGACUUUUCAUGGAAUCCGAACGAACCUUGGGUUAUAUGUUCAGUAUCCGAAGAUAACAUAAUGCAAGUUUGGCAGAUGGCGGAGAAUAUCUAUAACGACGAAGAACCUGAGACGCCUGGAAGUGAGCUGGAAACUGGUGGUUCAUAACGCAUUAAAUAAUUUUUAGCGUGUCGUUUGCAAUCAGAAACAUCAGCCAGUUGAAUAAGUCAGGAUUGCAUUAUGUUUAUCUGUCAUCUCAACGUAUACUUUUUGGAGACAGGCGUUAAGGAUUUUACUUCCAAGGAGUAUUGGUCUGUGCUUUUGUGAACCGCUUGCUCAUAUGGGCAAAUAAAAUCGGUGCGACGUCAUCUCUGUCAUGAUGCAAGCUCAAAUAAUGUUAGGGGAUGUCAGUACUUUUUCUACUUCCUUUUAAGAACAAUUAAUAAAGAAGUGACCACUUAACGGGACUUACGUUCCUUCCAACUUCCUUUAUUGCCGUUUACUCCCGCUGUUUAUUCAUUGCUGAAAUUUUGCGAUUUUUGCGGGACGGGUUUGCAUUUAUUUGCUACAAAGCUAUCGGGAAGAAUUAUUUCAAGGGACAUAUCGUCGGUUGCGUUGAACGCAAAUAAAACGUGCGAAAUUGACUCUUAUGUUGUUACAUUUACAAAUCCGCCAUAUGUAAGCGCAUUUCUGUACACAAAAAUUAGCGACGGGAUAAUCAUUUAUUCCUUGGCAUAUUGCAAGG